AUGGUUUCCUUUAGACUUGCCCUCGGUUUUGCGGUGGGCACGGCGGCGUCGCCGAUACUCCACCUGAGUCAGUUGCUCCCGAGACAAGAUAUUCAAACACCUAUCAAUGCGUCCUUGCCAAAUGUGACCAUCUUUGCCACGGGUGGUACAAUCGCGAGUCAAGGCACCUCGAACACACAGACUACAGGAUACAGUGUGGGACUAGGUGUUCAACAACUUGUCGAUGCAGUACCAGAGAUCCUCAACAUCACGAACAUCCGUGGCUACCAGGUGUCCAACGUCGGCAGCGGCUCCAUCAACGAGACGAUCUCGCUUAAACUGGCCCACCUGAUCAACGAAGAGCUUGCUCGUGACGACAUUUCUGGUGUGGUCGUCACUCAUGGGACCGAUACUCUCGAAGAGACGGCUUUCUUUCUGGACUUGACCGUCAAUUCUACGAAGCCUGUCGUUGUUGUUGGCGCAAUGAGACCUGCCACAGCCCUCAGUGCAGAUGGUCCGCUGAACCUGUACCAGGCCGUCACACUGGCGUCCUCUCCAAAUGCCAUCGGCCGUGGCGCUAUGAUUGCCUUGAACGAUCGCAUCGGGAGUGCGUUCUACACGACCAAGAACAAUGCGAAUUCCCUCGAUACAUUCUACAGCACUGAAGCUGGCCAACUUGGAUUCUUCAUCAACCAAGUUCCGUACUUCUACUACGAGCCCGCAGCACCAAUUGGCAAAGUGCAAUUUGAUUUGAGCGGUGCGGACUCCUUACCAUCAAUCAAUAUUCUAUACGCCCACCAAGACAUGGACCCCGAGCUGUUCAACUCGACCGUCGAGAACGGAGCUGAAGGCAUCGUUGUCGCAGGUGUCGGCGCCGGAGGAAUGUCCUCGGUGGCAGCGAGGUCGGCAGAGGCUGUCUACAACGCGACCGGGAUUCCCAUGGUGGCGAGCCACCGCUCUCCAGAUGGAUUUGUACCAGGGGAUGAGGGCGAUUUCAUCAUUGCGAGUGGAUUCCUCAACCCUCAGAAAGCCCGUAUCUUGCUCCAGUUGGCGGUGCAGGCGGGUUAUGAAAAUGAUGAUAUCAAGGAGCUGUUCGCUCAAGGCUAUCCCAGUCCAUAG